UGUAAAAACACACAGACUCCUCCGAGGUCAGAGUGUUGUACUUCCUGCGCGGCGGCAAAGCGUGUUCUGGUUUGUGAAGCGCUAACGUUAUUGUGACGAAAAGAAGCCAAACAUCAAAAUUAUACUUUAAGACACAUAUUUCCAUUAACCAGAGAUGAGUUUACCUCUGAACCCAAAGCCUUUCUUGAAUGGCCUGACAGGAAAACCAGUGAUGGUGAAACUGAAGUGGGGUAUGGAGUAUAAGGGCUACCUGGUGUCUGUGGAUGGGUACAUGAACAUGCAGCUGGCAAACACAGAGGAGUAUGUGGAUGGAGCGUUGGCGGGUCAUCUCGGUGAAGUGCUGAUCAGAUGCAAUAAUGUUUUGUACAUCAGAGGCGUAGAAGAAGAAGAAGAGGACGGAGAAAUGAGGGAGUGACAUCAGCGUCUGAGUGUGACUGUACCUGGUAGCUGCGUUAAUGUGUGUUUGUGUUUUCACCAUGUGAAACAAAUGAACGUUUGGAGGGUUUUUGUUAUUUUUCAAGCAGUUUUGAAAAUGAUCUUUUUUUCUGUAUGUAAGACCAAUUUUAUGUUGUGACAUUGUGAUACAGACACAAUAAACUGAUUAUUGUACCCUUUUUAAAA